GACUAUUGUAGGGAAACUCGGGGUGCGGUGACUUCGCUCGUCUCACCGUUCAUUCAUUGAUCUUGACGAUCACUUUUUCUGGGAAGCUUCUUUGUUCUAGAACCUCAUUCAUCGAUCUCGACAAUCUGUUUGGAAGCUUAUACAACCUUGGCGACCACGCUUCUCGGAAGCAAGCUUCUUCUUUCUAGAAGACAACUCGUUGAUUUUGACGACCUUUUUGGAAGCUUCUAGCCUUGAAAUUGCCGAGGAGAGAGGGUGGCUAUGGCGGGAUCUUCAAUUCGCCAGCUCUUCGUGUCGGUGCGAGACGGAGCAAGAAGACAGCGAUCUGUAUCUGUCGUCUGGGUUAAGAUGGCUUCGAUACGCAGUGUAGGGUCUGUUGCUCAUCGCCAGCUCGAACAGCUUUCGUCGAUCAGGACCUUUGUGUGGGAACCUUCUCGUGAUAGCGCGAGCCGCAGGUUGAGUCCAGUGGCAGCAGCUGCGACUGGCGGCUUGAUCGGGAGCGGGAUUAGACACACGGUGCUGCCGGUCAAUUUGACCAGUUCAUACUCUCAAAUCAAGAACAUCGGCAGUGACUGUGGAUGGACUGCGAUUUCUCCGCUUGUUGCAAGGCCAGGAGGGCAGUCUGCGAGCGUGGUGGCAUGGCGGGGGUUUGCUACGGAUCAGAAGGGGGGAGAUAAAGAGGGGAAGGGCAGAGAGCCGGCACCGGAGAUGGGCUCCGCGAAGGACGCGGAGGACAGAGGAGAGGUUGAGGAGGCGGGGUACGGGAGGGCAAGAGAGAAUGGGGAGAAGUUGCAUGACGCAUCGGGUGCCAGGGAGAAGACGAGGGCAGCCGUGGAUCUUGCAAAGGAUGUAGCGAAGGGAAUAAAGGAGGCGGCGGUAAGAGUUGUGGAUGUGGCGACGGAGACGGUGGGCAGGGCGGAAGAGACUGCAGCCGGCGUUAUCCGAGGUUCGGGAUCCAAGGAACAUGGGACUGGUGGGACUGGUGAUAAGGGUGACACUCGUGAUGGGCGGCCUACGGAGCAACGACAGGGUCGAGGUGCACAUGACACUGACGGUGACAACCAAACGUCGGAAACGGAAGGCUCUGGGGAGGAGAAGAUCGAGGUCAAGUGCAUCCCCGAAGACGAAUCAGGGGUCCAUGUUGUUCAUGAUGCCCCUGGUUCACAGAGGAUCCCAAUGGGAGUCGAUACGCCAGAGAUGGGAUCGGCAAAGGAUGCGGAAGAUAGAGAAAAGGAUGAGGCUGCGGGGUAUGAGAGGGCAAGAGAGACUGGGAAAGAGGUGCGCGAGGCUCCGGGUACCAAGGGGAAGACAAGGGCAGCCGUGGAUCUUGCAAAGGAUGUAUCGAAGGGUUUGAAGGAGGCUACUGCGAAGGUGGUGGACGUGGCAAUGGAGACAGCGGGCAGGGCACGGGAGACGGCAGCUGGCAUCUUUGAAGGUGCGGGAUCCAACAAGGAAGGUGGGACUGAUGAUAGUGGCAAGUCUUCUGAGUUUAGAGACCAACAGGGUCGAGGUGCACAUGAUAGCAAGACUGAAGGUGCUGGGGAGAUGGUGGGGGAGAAGACUCAGAAAAGCAGCCAUGAAGAUGAACCCGGUGUCCAUGGUGUUCAGGGUGUUCCUGGUACAAAGUCCAUUCCAAUGGGACCUGGUGGUCUGUCAGGUCCUGAGGAUGCUGUUCCUGGUUCUGUGCAAUCUACGCUGAGUAGAAGUUGAUGCUCCCGCUGUGGAACACGGACAUAAGUGCGACUACUUCUGCCAAUUUUGUGGAUCAGCCAUUGCAUGAUGAGUUGGCAAACUUAGCAUUGCGUGCAGGGGAAUUGAGGAAUUGGGCAUGUAGUUGGGUUUUAAUACGUCUUGGUAAACUGUAAACAUAUUAUCAUAACAGAUUGUCACAGCCCAUGGGUUAACAAUUCAGUAAUCAUUCAUAUGACAACAAAUUGUCACUGUUGCAGGUUUGCAGCCCAUGGGCUUACACAACCUUCCAGGAGAACGAUUGCAUGGUUGACGAUUUGGCAGUCAUAUCAUGACAAAUUGUCGAUCUGUCAGAGUCCACACGCUUGGGAGAAUCUUCGUAUCAUGUCACGUUCGUUGAGCAUGUCUUGUUUGUUGAGCAUCAGCUUGAUGCACCACAGGCACAGGUGUCAGCUCACAAUGGGUGCCAGUGAGCUGGUAUCGAAGCCAUCAUGGUGGUAGAAAUUGUUUGUUCCCUUCUGGGAAAAUUUAGUAGUUGGUUGAGUUGACAGUGACUAGACUGUAGUAGCGAAGUCACAGUGACUAGACUGUAGUAGCGAAGUCACCUGUUGUGACAUCGACUCACCUGUUGUGACAUCGAUCUAGCCUCCAGGCACAACAACCGGAUUGGUAGCUUUGGACCUCGGUCGUUUUCACCUGGGAACUUGUGGGAAGUGCCACGAGGGCGUCUGCUGAUCUUUAGGAGGAAGGGGGAAUUUUGAGUUGUUGGAAAGGGAAAGGACGAAAAGACUUGUGAGACACUGACAUUUUAAAUUCUAUCGUUUUAGAGAAUUGUGGUGUCUUGGCGUUGAAUAUCCAAUGGCUUGUCACAUGGGAAGUUGAGUGGCGUCUCGCCGUCUCCUUGUCCGAUACCGAAGGACUUGUCACAUGGGAGGGUGUUUGGGCAAGUUUGAAGAAUAUACAGAGAUUUGCAUGGCUCCUGUGCAAGGACGGUAGAUUUUAGUAUGUAACCCUGCAUUCAUUGAACGGGGGCUCGGUUCAGAACUGAGCGCUUUGAAUGU